AUGGUCCUCUACGUCAUUGGGCUGGGCCUGUGGGACGAAAAGGACAUUACGCUGCGCGGGCUCGAGGCGGUGCGCGGCAGCGUCGAGGUGUACCUCGAGUCCUACACGUCGAUCCUCAUGUCCGAAGGCUACCACGGCCGGCUCGAGGCGCUGUACGGCCGGCCGAUUGUGCUCGCCCACCGCGAGGUCGUCGAGCUGCAGGCCGACGACAUCCUCGCCAAGGCCGCCGAGGCCGACGUGAGUUUUCUGGUCGUGGGCGACCCGCUGAGCGCGACGACGCACACGGACCUCAUCCUGCGGGCGCGCGCCAAGGGCGUCGCCGUGCGCAUCAUCCACAACGCCAGCAUCAUGACGGCCAUUGCCUCGAGUGGCCUGCAGCCGUACAACUUUGGCCAGACGAUCAGCGUGCCCUUCUGGACCGAGGCAUGGCGGCCCGACAGCUGGCUCGCGCGCAUCGCCGAGAACAUGGCCAUCGGCAACCACACACUCGUCCUGGGCGACAUCAAGGUGCGAGAGCAGAGCCAGGCGGACAUGGCCAGAGGCAUCGAACGGUACCAGCCGCCGCGCUACAUGCUUGUGCCCCAGCUCAUCACCCAGCUCCUCGCCGCCUCCCAGCACCACGCCGGUGCGGGCGCAGAAGGCAACGGGCAGCCGGUGCUGUCGGCCGACAAGACAUUGGCCGUGGCGCUGUGCCGCAUGGGCACCGAUUCGGAGCUGAUUGUGUCAGGCACGCUGGGUGAGCUGCUGGCACUGGCGUCGCCUUCGGUCGACGAGGCGCGCGCGGACGAGGCCGAGGACGACGCCGAUGAGAUGGCCAGCGAGGAGCAGCUCGACGAGCGGCGUGCCCAGCGUGCUGCCGCGCGGGCCGUCAAGGCCUAUGGCCCGCCGCUCCACAGCCUCGUCCUCGUCGGCCACCGGCUGCACCACCUCGAGCGAGACUAUGCGGGCAUGUACAAGGCCCCGGGCAGCCGCUGGGACGAGGUGGCGAGGGAUGUGUACGGGGUUACCAUCGAGUGA